AAAACAUAGUAAAACACUACUAGACUUGACAGACUCAGGCUUACAUUCACAUUCCUCUUUUUCUUUUCUUUUCUUUUUCUUUCUUCAUGUUUUCGUCACGUAUCUCUCUUAGUUUGUUCUUGUUAUUUUAGACUAUCUAAAUAAACUAAGCCAAGCUAGCUGCACUACUUUCACAUUCUUGAAAUUACUAGUACUCUAUAUAUAUAUAAACUCGAAAAGAAUUAGUCUUAAGAUUUAGAAUUCUGACAGAAGCCAAAACUGAAAAUAUGUCAUCACAUUCCAAAAGACCAAGCCUGGAUUCUCUUACCACUCGCUACCCUGACUCAUUGAGUUUCACAGCAACCAAUGAGAAAGACAUAAACAAGCCUGACUUCAAAGAACUCGAUCUGCUGGGUUCUCCUGUUUCACCGUUACUCUCCACCCGUCUUUCCAUCAACAACAAUGGAAAUGCUGUCGCCACUACAACAUCAAGUACUAGCUCAAGCUCAUCAGCUGGUUCAGUUUCCAGCAAAACCAACAACAAGACGGCUACCCAUUUGCCCAAAGGUAAUGGCUUGAACAACAAUAAUUCAGGGGAGCUGUCGGAGACAAGCCCAUCUGUACUCGGAUCCGCCCCAACAAACCGGAAUCUUAGGCCGGGCCACAGGAGAUCCGUGUCUGCUGGACCCCCAUUGAUCUACUCUGGUUCAAGCUUGAGUGGGACAACCUCUUCUUCAUCGCCAUCUGCUUGUUCCAAUCCAAGCACCACAAAUAUUUUACCGAGUGGUAACAUUUGCCCAUCUGGAAAAAUCCUCAAAACCAAGGCGUCUCGUACCUCUAACAAGACCGACACGCUUGGGGAUGGCAAAGGAAACUAUGGACACGGUAGCAUAAUGCGCGGUGGUGGUGGUGCUAAAUUGGGGAGUGCUAGUGAUCCUGAAGAAAUGAAGAAAGCUGGUAAUGAGAUGUAUAAAAGAGGGAAUUUUGUGGAGGCAUUGACAUUGUAUGAUAAGGCCAUAUCCAUUUCACCGGAAAACUCCGCGUACCGGAGCAAUAGGGCAGCUGCGUUGACGGCUGUGGGAAGGUUGGGAGAGGCGGUCAGGGAAUGUGAGGAGGCUGUUAGAUUGGACCCUGGUUAUUGCAGAGCUCAUCAGAGGUUGUCUUCUCUUUAUCUUAGGUUAGGUCUUCCAGAUAAUGCCAGACACCACCUAUGUUUCCCAAGGCAACAUUCAGAUCCAGCUGAGUUACAGAAGCUGCAGUUGUUGGAGAAUCAUAUUAAUCGGUGUGCAGAUGCCCGAAAGAUCAGUGAUUGGAAGGGUGUACUAAGGGAAACUGAUGCAGCAAUAGCUGUUGGCGCAGACUCAUCUCCUCAGCUCAUUGCUUGCAAAGCAGAAGCCUUUCUGAAGCUCCACCAAAUUGAGGAUGCAUAUUCCUGCCUAUCAAACAUUCCAAAAUUGGAGCAAUAUACUCCCUCCUCACAGACUAGGUUGUUUGGUAUGGCAACUGAAGCUUAUGCCCUCUUUGUUCAAGCUCAAGUUGAGAUGGCAUUGGGAAGAUUUGAGAAUGCAGUUUCGGCAGCAGAGAAGGCUGGACACAUUGAUUGCAGCAAUGUAGAGAUUGCAACAGUAAUAAACAAUGUGCAAAUGGUAGCAAGAGCACGGACUCGAGGCAAUGACUUUUUCAAUGCUGGAAGAUAUGCUGAAGCCUGCUCAGCUUAUGGGGAAGGCCUAAGAUUUGAUACUUCUAACUCUAUUCUAUAUUGCAAUAGAGCAGUUUGCUGGUCUAAACUUGGACUUUGGGAAAAAUCUGUAGAGGACUGCAACCAGGCACUAAAAAUCGAACCAAAUUACAUAAAGGCCAUACUUCGAAGGGCAGCCUCAAAUGGAAAGCUUGGACGGUGGGCAGAUGCUGUGAGAGAUUAUGAGCUCUUGAGGAAGGAACUUCCUGGAGACAAUGAAGUUGCUGAGUCUCUACACAAUGCACAAGUUGCACUGAAGAAAUCUUGUCGAGUUGAUGUUAAUUAUAAUAAUAUGAAAAUUAGUGGUGAAGUAGAAGAAAUUUCUAGCAUAGAUAGAUUUAAAACUGCAAUAUCGUCACCAGGCAUAUCAGUGGUCCAUUUUAAAGUGGCAGCCAAUGAACAAUGUGAAGAAAUAUCCCCAUUCAUAAACUUGCUUUGCGUUCGGUAUCCAUCUGUUCAUUUUUUCAAGGUGGAUGUGGAGGAGAGCUUAGCUGUGGCAAAAGCUGAGAAUAUAAGAAUGGUCCCAACUUUUAAGAUUUAUAAGAAUGGAGACAAAGUGAAGGAGAUGAUCUGCCCUAGCCAUCAGUUCUUGGAGGACUCAGUGAGGAACUAUAUUCUGUAAAAAAAGUAAUUGCUUUUCUUUUGUGGCUCAAGCCCUACCCCAAACAGCAUUUGAUGAUAAUUGUCCAAAGCUUUCAUUGUCAUUUCUUGAUUCAUACUAGGAUCAGCAGCUUUACUAGUUAUAUAAUCAGCUACAUAAUUGUUUCAUAGAUCUCUGAGAGGCAAGAAAAGCCUCACGCUCAGGGAGAAAAUAGCUUCCUAGUUUACAUUUGUGGAAUUCCUUAAAUUC